AUGGGGGGUGGUGACUGCCCUUGGGCGGGCAAAACGGCAACAAACUCGCAUCCACAAAAGGACAUGCCGGAUACUGGUGUCACCAGACACUUCAAUUUCACCAUAGCCCGGGCGUCAAUUGCACCUGAUGGAGUACAGGUUGCUGGCAUCGUGGUCAAUGGACAGUACCCGGGUCCGUUGAUCGAGGCCAACUGGGGUGACUGGAUCGAAGUCAACGUCUACAACGAAAUAUGGGGCCCUGAAGACCUGACGUCCAUCCACUGGCACGGAUUCAACCAACAGGGCACUCCGUACUAUGACGGUGUAGCCACUGUGUCACACUGUCCCAUUGUGCCUGGCACAAACCUGACCUACCGAUUCCGGGCAGAUGAGUAUGGUACCUCCUGGUACCACAGUCACUAUUCAGCCCAAUACUCUGCAGGAGUACAUGGGCCGAUUGUGAUCCACGGGCCCGACGUCGUCGAAUACGACGUUGACCUGGGACCAAUAAGCAUUUCAGACUGGUUCCAUGACUCGUACGACCAUCUUGUCGAUCUCGUCUUGACCCCCACCGGUGAUGGGUUACCAUUCCGUCCGUUUUCCGACUCCAAUCUUGUCGGUGGCGCCGGUCAACAUCCAUGUGCCAACGUGACCAAUGGCCUCCCCUGCACCACUGUUCCUUAUGCGUCCUACGAGUUUCAACCAGGCAAGACUCACCGUUUGCGUAUCAUCAACACGGGUGCAUCGGCCUUUGAGACCGUCUCGAUCGACGGCCACACCAUGACCGUGAUCGCCAACGACUUCGUGCCCGUCCAGCCCUACGAGACGCCAUUCGUCACCCCUGGGACUAAUGCUGCCGCGGGUGCGUACUUUCUUCGAGCCUACAACUCGCCCUCAUGUGGCGACACCAAUGGUCCCGACGGCCGGGGAAUCAUCUACUACUCUGGCAUCGACCCGAACACCACCGCACCGAGUAGCACGGGCAACAAGCCACCGCCUGCGAACCCUGCAUGCAGCAACGACCCGCUCGGCAGCACGGUGCCAGCAUACGCCAUUCCAGCCGCAGCGACCGCCGACACGACCAUCACGCUGACCAUCGGACUCGUGGCCAACAGCUCGGGCGUGUUCCACUGGACCAUGAACGGCGCAUCGUACUUUGGCGACCUCGACAACCCUUUGUUAUUUGCCGGCGUGCAAGGCUCAGCGCAGACGUCCAUCUUCCCGCCCGAACAAAAAUCUACAACACAGGCACAAACGGCACUGUGCGGCUCAUCGUGA